AAAUUUCAAUGCACGCGAUGGCCGGGAUACGAGGUCCUCGGACGAUGCGCUUGCCAGCAUGGGUCAAGGAUCGAAAGGUGGUGGUACUAGUAGACAACGGGUCAUCCCACAACUUCAUCAAUGCCGACUUGUCCCAAAAGCUGAACUUAACAACCACGAAUAUCGAACCCUUUGAGGUACGAGUAGCCAAUGGUGAAAGGCUGCAAUGCACUAAAUCCUUCCGGAAGGUGCCAAUCAGGUUCAGCAGAGUUACGGUAAAGGCUGAUCUCUAUGCCUUACCUCUGGUUGGACCAGAUGUCGUCCUAGGGGUCCAAUGGCUCGAGGGGUUAGGCAAGGUGACCACUGACUAUCGAACAGGAAUCAUGGAGUUCAACUUCGGAGGUCAGCAAGUCACACUCAGUGCGGGCAAUGAAAAAGGUGGCAAAGAAGUAGGGCUUAAGAGUAUUGAGAAGGUCUGGCGGGGAGGAGGCCAAAUAUUUGCCGAAUUUGAGGGAGUAUUGGGCGAACCUAAGGGACUACCUCCGCACCGGGAGUUCGAUCACCGCAUACCUCUGAUCAACGAACAACAUGCCAUCCACGUUCAUCCCUAUAGGUACGCUCACUUUCAAAAAACCGAGAUCGAACGGCAAGUGGCCGAGAUGCUUGAAUCAGGACUAAUACAACAUAGAAAGAGCCCGUUUUCUUCUCCAGUCCUGUUAGCCAAAAAGAAAGACGACAUGUGGAGGUUCUGUACUGACUACCUAGCUUUAAACGCUGCAACCAUCAAGGACCAAUUUCCUAUUCCAAGUGUUGAUGACAUGCUUGAUGAGUUAGCCGGGUCACGCUAUUUCUCUAAACUUGACCUAAGAGCUGGUUACCAUCAGAUUCGACUCCACAAAGCCGACAUUCCCAAGACGGCCUUUCGUACACACCAGGGACACUAUGAGUAUCUUGUCAUGCCGUUCGGAUUAUGCAACGCCCCAUCCACUUUCCAGUUCGCCAUGAAUUCUAUCUUCAAGGAGUAUCUGCGUAAGUUCGUUCUGGUAUUCUUUGAUGAUAUCCUGAUCUAUUCGAAGUCAUGGAGCGAACAUCUUGGGCAUUUGAGAGUGGUGCUCGAAAUUCUGGAGGCCAACGCGUUCCACAUAAAGCCGUCCAAAUGUUCUUUUGGACAGAUGAUGGUUGAAUAUUUGGGGCACUUCAUAUCACACGAGGGCGUGAAGGUCGACCCACGAAAGAUUGAGGCUAUGAUCGAUUGGCCUAAGCCAACUAGUCUCACGCAGUUGAGAGGGUUCCUAGGGCUCACGAGCUACUACCGAAAAUUCGUGAAAGAUUAUGGAACCAUCGCCAAGCCACUGCAAGAAAUGACAAAGAAAGGCGGGUUCACAUGGACCGAAACUAGCGAGGAAGCGUUUCAGGCGUUUGGAAAGUUGAAAGAAGCCAUGACUACAACGCCAGUACUCGCCAUGCCCAGGUUUGAUGUCUUGUUCGAAGUACACACCGAUGCAAGAGACAUUGGAAUUGGAGCUGUACUAGUUCAAGAGAGGCGACCCCUAGCCUAUCUCAGUAAGGCACUGGGCACUACUCGAUUGGGUCUGUCAGUGUACGUGAAAGAGAUGCUAGCAGUAGUUGAGGCUGUACGAUACUGGAGGCCUUAUCUAUUAGGUCGACGUUUUCAAAUUGUUACCGACCAACAACCGCUCAAGCACCUAUUGGAGCAAAGGAUCGUUACCCCCGAGCAGCAGAAGUUC